UUUAUAACGACUGAUUGUGGUUUUUUCAGGUAGUUUGAAUUUUUGAAAUUUCGUCGUAAUUUAUUCGAUAUUUUACCAGUAGUUUUAUGUACAGUCUCCGCUUCGCCGUCCCGCGUUUUCACAAUCAACUUUUUUGAAAUCGCCCGCCGGCGUAACUCUAAACAAAUUUUUUUCGUGUUCCCUGUUAUUACAGAUGUAAUGCAUGCUCCAUUAUUCGUAUUUAUUUUGUUUAUGGCCACUUCUUGGGUUCUGUACUGAAUACUUCGGUGGCCCUGAACGAAGAAAUAGCCGUUGAGGCCCUCAAGUACAUAGUCCGUCGAAUCCUCGUCGUUCCGAACAACCACCUUCGAUAAUAUAGAAUCAUACUAAUUCAAGAUGAGCAACCAAACAACAAGUACAACUGAUUCAACAUUUAAAAUGCCUAUGGCACCUCCAGUUUAUCCUUCUCAAUCUGAAGCUUUACUUUUUCAAGACAUAAUAGAAGAAAAAACUAUUGCACUUCACAGUGUGUUGAAUGAAUUUUUGAAGGUUCAUCCUUAUCGUAAAUUUGAUAUCGAAUUUAAUAUGUUUUUAAAACGCGUAAAACGCAUUAUCAUUGAUGGGCAUCGUAGUGGUGCUAAUGUCUCUCGGAUUACCAAUUCAUCACACAUUGCUCCACUUUAUGCUAGGCCAUCAGCAAGUUUCAAUUACAGGCCAUCUACGAGCUUUAAUUAUAGACCACAAACAACUAUGUCAAUGGUUAGUUCUAACGACCAUAGCGCAUUGAGAUUACCAGAUAACAAUUUUCAUUCCAUUGAACCUAGGGAACUUUCAAAUCCAUUUAAACCACCAGAUUGUAUGCAACCUAAAGUGGUACUAUCUCGAAUUGAACAGUCAAACAGUAUUUCUCACAAUUCACCUUCCUCGAGUUCCACAGUUAUUCAAGUAAGCCAAAAUCAUAAUGUAAGUGUUGAAGAAAAUGAUACUCAAGAAAUUGCUCAUCAAUCUAAAUCUUUAUCAAUAAAUAAACCAACUGCACGUAACACAUAUUCUGAUGUAACAUUUGAAGAGAAUAAAUCAGUAUCUAAUUCACAUCAAAAUGAAAAUAUAAAUGAUGACAAUAAUUCAAUAGAAUCACUUCUUGAAGGUGUUGGAUUUAAAAUUAUUGUUGGAUUAACAGAAAAUAAAAAUGAGACCACGCAAAAAAGUAAUGCAAGUCAACAUCAUAAUAAUCAAUUAAAUGUAUUAGAAAAUGUUGAAAAAUUCUUAUCUAUGUGGUCCUUAAAUAUGAAAGUAAUAAAAUCAUCAGAACACUCAAGUAUUUCAAAAUAUGUUUUAAUUUUAACAGGAAGUUUGUUGGGAGAAGAUAAGCAGACAGUUGUAGAAAAGCGUCACGAUGCUGGCAUUUUAGAUGGCAGAAAAGAAAAUAAUUUAGUCAAAACUAAAAAUGGAAUAUACCGUUUGGUUGGCAACAUCAUUGGGGGAUCACCUAAUGAACUUUAUCAAACAUGCUUAUCCAACAAUGGCAUUCCAAGGACUUGGAGAAAAAUUGUGAAACAACUAACUGGGGUUGAAAGUAAAGCAAAACAUAUACUUGAUUUUUCAAUAAGUUCUCCUGCAGGACCAAUUGGCAAACCAAUAAAAAAAUCUGCCGUUAAUCUUGAUGCAAGUAUGACCCGAAGAGGAACAACUUACAGUAAAAAUAUGACUCUAGCAAAUAAUAAAACAAAUAUAAAAAGAAAAUUUUCUGAAUAUGGAGAGACUGAACAUAAUAAAAUUAAACAUCGUAGAUUCUGUGAACAUGCACCAUUAUUACUAGCAUCUACACCAAAAAAACCAAAAAAACAACCUACCAUGUUUGAAACUCCAAGUCAAUUGUUGAGAAUGAAGAUGAGUCAGAACCUAUCCAAUAAUCCACACAAACGACAAAAGCUUAAUAAUGUCAACGAUUCUAUCCAAAUAAACAAAAAAAGACAAUCUCAGUCAAAAGAACAGACAAACCUAUUUUUGAAGCCAAAAACGCCUGAAAAAACAUCAAUCAGUAAUAAUAACAGUACAAAACAUAACUCAAAAAACAGUUAUAGUAGCAGUGCAGCAAAAUCAAAAAACAGUACACUAGAAAACUCAUCUGUGACAAAAAACCAUACCAAGCAACAAUCUAUAAUGAAAACAACCAUAAACUCCACCAAUAACAGUGUAGACAAAUCUAAACUUAAAACAAGUUUACUUUCCAAAUCUAAAGAACAUGUAAAAGCCAUAAAGCAAACAUCGCCACAAAUACCAAAAAAUAAAACUGCUGCAAAACAUGUAAGCAUUGUUACAGAAAUUAAAAAAAAAAAUGUAUCGGCGUCAGCAAUUGCCCUUACUAAAAACACUAAAAACAAUAAAAAAAGUGCUAAGGCAAUCAAAUCUAAAACAAAGAAAUGUGAUGAAAGUUUGAACGGUGAUACACAUAAAAAGUUGAAAGGAGAUAAAUCUAAAACAAAACAAGUGCAUUGCCCGAACAGCUCAUCAACUGAAUUGGACCUUUUUGGUGGUGUAGACCAUGCUGAUUAUGAUGAUGGCAGUGAUUAUAAUAUUAUGGCAUCUCCCGGCAAAUUAAGUGUAGCAUCGGGUAAUGACCAAUCCAGAAGUAUGACGCCUCCAUUGUUCAGUCAUCAAUGGAAUUCAACCGCCAAAUCUUCAGCCAUUAGUGAACCUCCGACCCCACUGAGUAAAUCAAUGGAGGCAAAAGCAUUGAAGCGAGUCAAAGCUCCCAAAAUUACACUAGAAGAUGAAAUGAAAUACAAUAAAAAACGAAAUACCAAACAAUCCAUGGAUUUCAAAACAGCCUCAAAUAAAAUAAACAAAAUGUUAGAAUUUGGAAAUGAUGAAGAUGAAGAUUAA